AUGAUAGACCUCAAAUACAUAUGGGUACUCAUUUCAAUCAACAGACACAUUCUCACCACAAUCCAAAACGAAAAAAGCAGAAAAUCGCUAAACUCAAAAUGCAUCACAACCAUCAAAAUCCAAAACCAACAACAAUUCUUCGAAUUCUCCCACCAAUCAGUCCUCUCCAAUCUCUACUACGCCAUUGACGCCAUUGAAACCGCAAUUCAAUCACACCAUUCGGAAGAAAUAUCUCUCAACCUAAAAAACUCUGAACAAAUGCUUCAACUUCCGGCAAUGCUUGACGAAGACGACUUCACUGCUUCGAUUCCGAAUCGUUACUUGGUUUGUUGCUCUUACUUUUAUCUAUCCCUUGUUAGGAAGCUUCUGGGGGAUGAAUGGCAUGCUGCGCUCCAUUUUCUUCAAGCGGUUUUGGUCGCGCCGAGGGUUGUUUGGACUGAGUUUGCGCCGGAGCUUUGUGAGAGUCUUUUUAGGAAGUCUGAGAAUACAAGUUUGGAGUUUGUUUCUUUCAAUUUUGAGGAAGAAAUCAAUGAAGUUUUUGUUAAGGAGAAGGCUAGGAGAUAUAAAGAGUGUUUGGUGUAUUAUCAGGUUAUGCUUUAUGGAGAGAUUCCUUGGUGGAGCAGUUACUGCGGCAAUAAUUCUGCAAAUUAUAUGGAUGUGUCAAAUACCAGCUGUGUAUCAUCUACUUCAGUUCAUCAUGAAUCAAGAUUGAAAACUUGCAAUACAUAUGAGAAGAUUCACCCAAUGGAUCCUCAAGAUGUGAUGCAAGAAAAGUUGGAUGCGAGAAACAUAAAUAAGUUUGAUUCUAGCAUGUUCACCAGGUCAAUUGAAGAUGUUGCUUUAUCAAUCUCGAAACGGAUAGAAAAAACAAGUAUCGAUUUAAAUUGCCGUGUUGAGGAUUUAUUAAUCGAAGAAGCAUUGCAGCCACUAGAAUUCCAUCUCUUUGAUCAUGCAAGCAGCAGACUUAGGCUCGGCCUGAAAAAUCACGAGGAAAGUUCGAAUAUGAAAUUGCAAACGUCCUUAGGAAAAUACGGUGAAGAAUAUAUUGUGAACACUGCUUCGAUUUUCGAGAGUUUGAUUUGUUCGUCGGGAACUAAUUAUGGUUCAUUAAAGGAUGUGAUUUUGGAUGAAUUGCUAAUAGUAAUCUCUACUUCCAAAGAGGAAAAGGAACUAAGAGCAUCGGUAUCAAUUCUAACAACAAUAGUUUCACGGAACAAGUCAAUUAUAGAAGAUGUCAAGAAGAAAGAUAUAAAAACAUUGGAACUUCUUCCGAUAUUAGUCGAGAUUGUAUGCGCUUCAUCACAAAGUUGUUACAAGAGUAAUAAGCAAGAAGAAUCGCUUCUUAUGACGCCUCAUGCAGCAUCGUUGAUGAUCAUUGAAGAACUUGUAACUUCAUUUGAUUAUGCUACAAAUAACAUGCAUUUGGAAGCUAUUAGUUCACCUCAUUUUCUCAGUGGACUUUUCGAAGUUGCUAAAAAUGACAAUCUUGAAGAGUUUUUCUCUUUGACUACCAUUCUUAUAAAAUGCAUGCAGUUUGAUUCACAGUGUAGAAAAUAUGUGUCAAAGUUUACUCCUCUCGCUCCUUUUCUACACCUUCUAGAUGCAGAAAAUAUUCGCGCCAAAUGCACGGCACUGGAGUAUUUUCAUGAAAUCCUAUGCAUACCAAGAUCGUCAGCUAUUAAUCUGCUGCAGCGGAUAAAGAGAGAAAGCAGAAUGGAUAUUAUGCAGAUACUGAUGCAAUGUGCACACCAAUUACAACCUGAUCACCAGAUUUUAGCUGCUAGCGUAUUGAUUCAGUUUGACACAUUGAACCCAACUGAUAAAAGCUUGUUCAGAGAAGAAGCUGUGCAGAUUCUUCUAAAGGCAUUGACAUCUGAAGAAAGCUCAGAACAGAUAUUAUCUGCAUCCAUUCUAUCAAAUCUUGCUGGUACAUAUGCUUGGACAGGAGAAUCAUAUACAGCUGCAUGGUUUCUAAGAAAAACAGGCUUGAACUCUCCCUAUCACCAAAAUAUGAUAAGAAACUUCAACUGGUUGGAUCAUAGUCUACAAGAUACAAGCAUAGAUGUUUGGUGCAGCAAAAUUGCCAAAUGUAUCAUUAGUGUUGGAGAUUCCAUCUUCUAUACUUUAGAGAAGGGACUAAGAAGCAAGAUGAAAAAGGUUUCAAGAGACUGCCUUCUAACUCUUUCCUGGCUUGGAUGUCAAAUAUCAAAAAAUCCAGACAGCCUCAGUAAUUCUGCAUCUGAGAUUAUACUAAGAGGAGUUGAGCAAUUUCUGCAUCCUGGGAUGGAAUUGGAUGAAAGACUUUUGGCAUGUAUGUGCAUGUUUAAUUAUGCCUCUGGCAAAGGAAAGCAAAAACUAAUGCAUUUCUCAGAAGGAGUAAAAGAAUCAUUAAGAAGGCUUUCAAACAUAACUUGGAUGGCUGAGGAAUUACACAGGGUAGCUGAUUUCUUGCUUCCAAACACAUCACAGCGUAUUUCUUGUGUUCACACACAAAUCCUUGAGGUCGGUCGCAACUUUAGCAUAUCAGUUUGCUCCCUCAUAUACUACAAGGGACUGUUAUUCAGCGGAUAUUCAGAUGGAUCAAUUAAGGUAUGGGAUAUUCGAGGGCAUUCAGCUAGUCUUGUAUGGGACAUUAAAGAACACAAGAAGUCUGUGACAUGUUUUUCAAUUUAUGAACCAUUAGACAGUCUUUUAAGUGGAUCCAGUGAUAAAACCAUAAGGGUGUGGAAAAUGAUCCAAAGAAAUCUUGAAUGUCUAGAAGUAAUAGUCAUGAAGGAACCAAUUCAUCAUAUACGCUCGCACGGUGAAACAAUUUUCUCAAUUACAGAAAAACAAGGAAUAAAGGUUGUUAACAAAUCAAGAGAGAUAAGAGAUAUUUUCAAAGGUAAGCAUGGGAAGUGCAUGGCAGUGGCUCAAGGAAAGUUAUAUACUGGCUGCACAGAUUCAAGCAUACAGGAGUAUAACACAACACACAACAGGGAACAAGAAAUCAAACCACCAACAAGAAGUUGGAGAAAGCAAAGCAAGCCAAUCAAUUCAAUUGUAGCAUAUAGAGAUUGGCUCUAUAGUGCAAGUAGGCAUGUUGAAGGAACAACAUUCAAGGAAUGGAAAAGAAGUGGGAAACCCAAGAUUUCAAUCCUUACUGACAAAGGAGAUAAUGUAGUAGCCAUGGAAGUGGUAGAAGACUUUUUAUACCUAAUCUCUAGCUCAUCAACAAGCAGCAUUCAGAUAUGGUUGAGAGGAGUACCAAAAAAGUUGGGGAGAAUAUCAGCAGGGAGCAAGAUAACAAGCAUCUAUACUGCAAAUGACAUUAUUUUUUGUGGUACUGAGAAGGGACUAAUCAAGGGCUGGAUUCCUCUGUAG